UAGGACAAGAGCGCAUGCCUAUUUGUCUGCUACCUUUCCGGGUCAUGUGAUCAGGAGGUGGGUCCAGCAAGCCUCUAACACGACAGGUAAAAACAAGGACGGACGUAGUUUUGCCGGCUACCAGCGCGAUGCUGAACCCAAUAAGUAGCGGGCGCAAAACGCUGGGGAAGCUUGCGACGCGCCUGGAGGAGGUGAAGAAUCCAUGGCGGCCCACUUCCUCGUUAGAGCUUAGCCAUAAUGAAGCGGCUCGUCUCGCCAUGGACGCGCUUCUCGAGUCCGGAGAGAACGAAUACCGGCAGGUUUUGACUGAGGAGAAAGAACUCAAUUUUCUCUCCGCGCUAGAAAUUAGCUAUAUUACCGAGCAUGAGGCAAAGACCGAGAAUCCCAAGAACACCUCUAAUGGAGUGGGAGACUUUGGCGAAGGAGACACGGCUUCAGAGCUCACUUCGGGAACUUAUUUCCCCAUGUUGUCAGAUGAAGAGCCGCCCAUGCUGGAGCUCGGCUGGCCCGAAGUGCCCAACCGUCAAGGGCCCUGCGAGACCAAGAUAUACUUUCAAAGAGACAAGUUACAAAAUGUCAAAGAUUUGGUUCGGUCGCUAAUCAGUAAGGCCAAGAAGGUCAUUGCCUUGGUCAUGGACGUUUUCACCGAUGUGGACUUGUUCUGUGACUUGCUUGAGGCCUCUCUCAAGCGCAAGGUUUCUGUGUAUAUUCUUCUUGAUGAGAAGAAUCUCAGUUAUUUCACUGACAUGUGCAAUACGUUAGACAUCCAGCACUCACACUUAAAUAAUAUGCGGAUACGAAGUGUAUGUGGAGACACAUAUUGCACCAAAAGUGGGAAGAAAUUUACAGGACAGGUGCUGGAAAAAUUCAUGAUCAUUGACUGUGAGGAAGUAAUAGCUGGAUCGUACAGUUUUACCUGGCUGUCUGCUCAGGUGCACAGCAACAUGAUUUUGCACUUUUCAGGAGGCAUUGCUGAAAGUUUUGAUCGGGAAUUUCGUUGCCUCUAUGCAGACUCUCAAAUCAUUGAGCGCUUCAAUAACCCUGAUGAGGAAGGGCUUCACUACUAUAAUUACAACAUGGUGGUGCCCAACAUGGACUUUUUCCAAGACAGAAGAACUAGAGAGAGGGAGAGGGUUUGCUCAGAACACUCCAGUAGCCAGUCCAGCAACAGCGUCUCCAGCAUUAAAGCAGCUCCAGGUUUAACCGCUCAAGUCUACAAGGUCACCCAGGAAAAGGAGGACACUGGCACAAUCAAGAGCUCGGAGAAGCGGGGUGUUUCAAAUUCAGGACUUCAUAUGCCUCAGGGCAGUCACAUUGGCAGAGGAUUCCACAAUGAUUCCCUGCAGAAUCCAGUAGUGGAAUGUUCAACGUCUGGAGUGGAAUGGGCAAAAGCAGGAGCCUUCCAAACCAACCUUGCAGGAUCAACAUCCAAAUUUCAAGCCCUGGAUCUCUAUGACCACAAUUACAUUGCUUCCAAAGCACAACCAAUUCCUCUAAUGGAGAACAAAACACCCAAAGUACGUAGCCCUACCAGUCCUUUUUUUAACAAACUCACUGAUCUCUUCUCCUCGUCAGCCAGAGACAAGGACCCCUAUGAGUUAUAUAGACCACCUCCAUAUAGUACAGCUUUUGGGGGUCCAGAUCUCUCACAAAAUGAACCCGAAAGUAGUCAAAGUCCUCCUCCACCGGUGACUUUGCCCAAGGAACGAGUAGGCCAGGAAGGCAGAAUCACCCGAGGGGAUGAGAAGCGCAUGACAUUGGGACACAGCAAACUAGACCUGGUCAACCGCUACAACAAGAUGAAAUCAAAGCAGGUGUACAGCCGCUUCGAACUGAAGAACAACUGACCUUUAUAUCACACCUGGCCUCAUUUACUUGAUGUAGGUUUUCUUGUAAUACCUUUUGGGCUAGCCAGGUUAAAUUCUAGGGGAAUGUGGUAUUGCGUGUAUUUAAAAAUAUAUAUAUAUAUAUAUAUAUAUAUAUAUAUAUAUAUAUAUAUAUAUAUAUAUAUAUAUAUAUAUAUAUAUAUAUACACACACAACAGAAGGAAAGAAAAAUGAAAGGUCUUUGUUGGCAGCCUGUAAACUUUGACUUUAUAAAAAAAAAAAAAAACAGGUUUACAAUUCACAGUUAGUACUGUAUAAUUAAGUGUUGUAUAUGAGAGUCUGGUGUAUAGCGUUACUUUAUUGGUGCUUUUUCUGACAUUCAGGUUGUUGUUUCAACAAUACCACCUAUAAUUGUUGUGGCAAACGAGAGUGAUGGUAAAAAGAUGGUAUUAAUCUCUUAAGUGGAGCAGUUCUUUCCUUUAUUUGGGAUAUUCCAUUCCAAAGUUUGUAGUCUUCCAGGUGUUCGUGUGUAUUUAUACAAGCCAUUCUGUGACUUUCAACUUUUAAGAAACUAUAGUCACUCAAACAUCUAACAUGCUUCUAUAUAUCUAUACUGCAGUAUAGAUCAGUUUAAGUGUGAGUGUGAAUGUAUAGGUUAUUUAUGAGGUUGAAGCAAUUUAAUUAAAAAAAAAAUCUGUUUAUAGUAAUGGGUCAAACUGACCCAAACACUUUAACUAUGUUUCAGUACAAUUAUGACAUAAUGUGCAUUGUGAUUUACUUGACAGUUAAAUAAGUGUUCAAAAGCCAAUUUGACCAAUAUGCUGAUGGUGUGCCUACACUGGAAAUACCAGAAGUGCAUCUGCAGGAAGAUUAGCAUUGUUUUGUUUGAUCCUGAUCUUGGUCUAGGUACUGCUUCUAAAUAUUGGUUUAACAAACUGUAGUUACUGGUAGUCACAAAAAUAGUAUUCUCCUAAAUAGGUAAUGCAGACUUCAAAAUUUACAGAAAAAAGUUUUAUUAUGCUUGGCAUGCUUUACAGAGUCUAUUUUGUACUGGGUGGAGAGUUAUGUGCAGUAUCAAAUUCUUGUCCUUUUAUUGUCCAUUUCAAAACAUUGUCAGCUGUCUCUUUUGCAAUGAUAAAAUGUUUAUUGUAUUUUGAUUUGGAUUCUGUGUGAGCACAGUGAGUAUUGUAAAAUUAUUUGCAAACUUUUACACUCUACUUCUAUUACUACUGUGUUAGGGAAAUUUUAAAUCAUAUUGGAAAUGAUGUUCAGAAUUGUAUGCAUGAUGUGGAAAUAAAUAUUUGAAAAUUA